AUGGAUGAUCUGAUAUUUUUGUAUGAAAAUCCAGAGAGACUGAAUGAUCUCAUUGAUGAAUUCAGAGCCAAGAGAAGCUACGCAGAUGAAAUAACAGAGCUGAAGUCGAUGAUUGAGAAGGACGAUGCCGAGAGAAUGAGAAUCAUUUUCUACGUAAAAAUUCUAUCAAAAUGUGUGGUGAAGAAGAGUGACGUGACUGAAUUCCAUUCAACUGUUCUUAGGGAAGUGGGAAGAAGAAACAGCAUCAAGAACGGAAUACUCGUUCUGAACAUGAUCAACAGCCUGGGAGAAGGAAGGGCGUUUGUGCCAGUGGUCUUUGAGGCACUGAAGCUGCUGGCUGCUGUCGUGGCAACCAGGCCCAAAGCACAAAUCAGUAGAAAAUUCAGCCUCGAUCGAAUCAAAAUCACCAGUGAUGACAUGCAGAGUGUGGAGUUGCAGCUGUUUCUGGUUGAGGAGGCAAUUGGUGUCAUCAGACGAAGCAUGUCAGCCCAUUCCAAGAGCAUCGGAUUCCCAGAAUUGGCUGAGGCCGUGAACAGGGAGUUGAGGAAGGCCAAAGUGGGGGACUUCAAGGAGGUUGUGGGAAGUCUGGUGAAUCGGAUUGAAAAAAGGAGACUGCUCAUUCUGAAAGAGAGAGAAGAGGCAUUUAGGAAGGAGGACGUGUUGGAUGAGAACAAGGUGAGGGAGUUUGAGAAGAAGAUUGGAAGUGUUGAAAUGUAG